CUCACUGCGCACAGGGCGACACGCUCGCGGGUUGGCAGCGCGAGCAGACAAAAGUGACAAGUGUCUCAUUACGACCGGAGCAGUUAUGACGAUUCCUGUACAGAACUUCGACCAAAACGUAAUAAUGGAGUUCGACGAGUAUUUGAUUGAAUUAGUUCGUUCUCAUUCAGAGCUAUAUAAUAUGACUGAUAGGAGAUACAGUGAUUCCGUUUGGAAAGAAACACUGUGGAAGGAAAUUGGAGAAGAGGUGGGGCGUCCAGGCCCUGAAUGCAAGCGACGAUGGGUGUCACUGAGAGACCAAUUUAGAAAAUGUGUUAUUAAAAAAACAAAGAGUGGACAAGCUGCCAUACCCAAGAAGCCAUGGAAGUAUGAGGAGAUUAUGGCUUUCCUGCGCCCAUACAUGCUGGAGCGGGAAACAGUUUCUAACAUAACUGUUGAUAUUUGCUCAGAGGAUGAAUCAAACAGUGAGGUGUCAUCACCUAUUCCGGACAUUGAAAAUAACAGUGAUUUGAGGUCAGAGACAAGCAAAGUGGCAAUAAGAGAAGAACUACAGACUCUGCAUCUGCUUCUCUGA